AUGCCGCCUCCGGCGAACCCUGAGAUUUCUGACUGUUCGUCAGACCUCAGCUCAGAGCUCUCCGAUGAAGAUGAGACGAAGGAAGAUGAGGACAGAGUUCCCCUUGAACAGUUUGCCACCAAUGAACAAUUCGCAACAACACUCGAGCUCUUGCAGCUACCCCCGGCUGAGAGAAGCAGAGAAAAUGUGGAGUGCAUCUUUGACUUGGUGCGGGAUAACAAAUUCUUCGCUGAGUUGGAUGCGGAGAUGUCCUUAGAGCUCUGCCGACACAUGACUUACACCACUCUGAAGCGAGACAGAGUAGUGUUCUAUAAGGGAGACCCAGCCGACAACUGGUACCUCAUUCUCGCGGGCAAGGCUGGGGUGUAUAUUGAGGAGCUAAAAGAUGUGCCGGAGCGCGAAACAACUGAUCAGGGGGACUCGUCGCCAAAACAGGGACAGGGGCUAAUCCGCAACGACGUGCGUUCGGCGGCGCUGGUGACCCACAGCGACUCUCUUUUUCUCACAUUGGACAAGAAAUCAUUUCAACACUGUCUCGGCAACUUUUUAAAACAAAAAACGGAUGACAAGGUGGGACGGACAGCUUCCGUCGUUCAAACUCUGCGACAGGUGCUGCCUGGUGCCAAAGAACUUCGCAAGCUGGUGGUGGAGCAGCUCACUUAUUUCUUUAAAGAAGCUACUCUGCAGAAGGACGUACCGCUGAGCACAGAGGGAAACAAGGAGGAUACACUUUAUCUUAUUGUCAAGGGCGAGUGCGUUCUAAGGACACGACGACGGUGGGGUCAUUACUGGCAGCAGCAACAGCCUUGGUGGAUGAACCAGAACACAACGCACGCUAGAGUGCGAGACAGUAGCCGUCCCGCCACAGCGGGGAACCGCACCAACACCUCGCCGCCCCCACCCGGCGCCAAUAUUGCGUGGAACCAGGACAGGGCAGUGUUGCCUGAGCCGAACAUUUCCCCCGGGAAUGCAACGAACUCGCCAGCCUCUGUGUUGCUAGAAGAGUUGGACUUGGCGCUACUGCAGGAAGGGUGCAUAGUCAACUUCUGUUCCUUGUUUUUCGACUCCCCAGAGCCCUUUUCUGUGUUUGCCUUCUCCGCGAAGACGCAGGUCUUCUCCAUCUCCAAGUCCGAACUGUUUAAGCAUAUGCCACCCAGUGAGCUACAAGCGUACGUCCCCUUCCAGCUGUACACACCUGUGACUGGCGUUAUUGCGGCCAGUAAACCUGCAACGGUGGCCACGCAAAGCAGUGGUGACUUCGCAUCGACAGAGAACAAUGGAGGUGCUGGGGAAGCAUCGACCGGGACGAACGGGUUUCUGCUGCCGCUUACUUUUUCGCCGUUUCUAUCGGAACAGAUGGGAAAGUACAUUGAUGCAUCAUCAAUAUCCCUAGCCAGCCAUUUCGAUCGAUUUACUCGAAACCUUCUUUGCUUUCAACCGCAUACGGCGGUGCUUAACCACGCCACUUUCCAGCUUUUGCAGCAGCAGAAGCAACGCCGAACGCAGCGGCACCAAGCGGCUUCAUCGUCCACAAAGGGCGAGCUUGGGCGCCCCAACGCCCACGAGCAGGAGCAAGCGUCUGCCACGCCACCAAGGAGUCCUGUGCCUGCAGACUCCGAAGGUAUAUCUGCUGUUCCGGCUCCUCAAGCCGAAUUACCUGCGGAUACAAAAGGGACUCCAUACUGCUGCCUCCCCAAACAGCAGCAUUCCCAAGGAUUCCAUGGGACACUUGCUAUUUCCCAAAGGCCUUCGGAAGCCAAGCCCAUUCGGGUGGCACUCCAUGGAGAAGAGCUUCACCAGGGGGAGCCACGGCCGCGUGAAGCCCCCACCUCCUCGUGGGGAUCCUCCCCUGGGGGCGCUUCGGCUUCUUUCAACAUUUUUAGGCGCCGGUUUGCUAACACCCGUACAAGGCUGGCAGGAGAAGGAACUCCCACUUUGACCGCUGGCGGCGCUGGGGCCAGUUGCAGCACAAAGCCUGCGGACGGCUCAACCAGCCCUGAACUGGUGGGUAAUGCUGACGCGCAUGCAUUGGCGGAGGCGAUUGCCGCAAGAGAAGCUGCUGCAUGCGCCGCUUCUGCCCUUGCUUUAGGACACCCCAUUGUUUCAGAUUCUGGUGGGUCCUCUGGAUAG